GCUCAGAAAAUAAUAAGAAAUGUUACCGAAUCAACCCGACGAUUGGAUCUUGCUGGCUCUUGUCCUUCACACUCAACCCACUCUCCACCUUGACAUCGUCCAGCCAUGAACAAUGACUCCCUGGCACUUGCGCUGGACCGCUUCUCAUUCUAUGCCAAAGAUGCUAUGCUGAGUCUCACUCAAUGCAUAUGCAAACCAGACGCUACACUGAAAAUCAAUGGUCGUUCCUACAAGAUAGAAAAGCUCCUAGGAGAAGGAGGAUUCUCCUUUGUCUACUUGGUCCAAGAUACCUCAUCAGGACGCAAGUUCGCCCUGAAGAAAAUACUCAUCACGUCCGGCCCCGAAGGCGUAGCUGAAGCGAUGAAGGAGGUCGAGGCAUACCGGAGAUUCAGACAUCCGAACAUCAUCAAGAUACUGGACUCUGCGGUAGUCCAGGAUCCGGCGGGGGAAGGCAAAAUCAUCUAUCUCUUCCUCCCGUAUUAUUCGCAGGGGAAUCUGCAAGAUACCAUGACCAGGUCGUCCAUAAGUGGGGAACCCUUGUCAGAUCAGCGAAUCCUCCAGAUCUUCCUGCAAACUUGUAUGGCAGUUGAGGCGAUGCAUCGGUACCGGCUGCCUUCAACUUCCGCAUACCCACCUGCUCAAAGCAAUAGCGGUGAACUUGACCCGGUCUUCGAUGGCGAUGAGGAUUUGCAAGGCGCGGACGCCGGCGAGAUGAUACCAUACGCACAUCGGGACAUCAAACCAGGGAAUAUCAUGCUAGCGGAUGAUGGCUCCGCAAUAUUGAUGGACUUUGGCUCCACGGUCAAGGCGCGCAUACCUAUCGAGACUAGGCAGCAGGCAUUGCUUCAGCAAGAUCUCGCCGGAGAGCAGUCGACUAUGCCGUACAGAGCCCCGGAGCUUUUUGACGUCAGAACGGGAACGACGUUGGACGAGAAAGUGGACAUUUGGUCGCUGGGCUGCACCCUGUUCGCAAUUCGAUAUGGACGAUCACCCUUUGAGAUUGACGGCAGCUCGAUAGCCAUGGCGGCAGGUAGUGGAAGGUAUACUCAUCCGCCAGGGGCGAGCCGGAUUCUGGUUGGUCUCAUUGACAAGAUUCUUGUGGUGGACCCAACCCACCGGCCCGACAUAGAAGGAGUAAUUGCAUUGACCAAAAAAGCAAUACAGGAGAUGACAUAGAUUAUCUCCACACGCUUCGAUGGAGUCUCGAUACUGGAAGAGGGGCUUCGUAACCCAACGGUGUGAGCCUCAUUGGCCACAAGGGAAGCGGUGGAAUAAGGUACAUGGUCGGUCUUGGCGGACGAGGAACCGGACCAGCGAAGUGAAAUUGCCUCUAAAUGGUCAUCACCCAGUCCACUAUGCAUUUACUGCUUACCAGGAUC